AUGCACCUCGGCCACUACGAGCCUGACGAAGUUGUUGUCAAGGUCAGUGACAAUGUCAUCACCGUCCGGGCUGAGCACGAAGAGAAGUCGAAAAACAACUACUCGUUCAGCAGGACGGUGCGCCAGAUCACGGCGCCGGAGGAUGCGAGGGUGGACCAACUAACCUCGCAUCUAACCAGCUCGGGUCAUCUGAGGCUGGAGGCUCCUCUCGCGCAGAAGCCGGUGGCCAACAGGGCGAGGAACAUACCCAUCACGAUUGAGGGCCCAGCGCAUGGUGAAGAAAAGAAGGAGGAGAACCCGGUCCCGAUGCGGAUCACCUACAAUGUCGACAAGGACGGCGGGGACAAGAAGCAUUAA